AGCCGUGAGAUGCGGCUGGUCUCACACGGGGUCUGGGACACGCUGGGCGCUUGGUGGCCAGUGGAUGUUUCUGCCGUUGUCGUGGGACGCUGCUGAUGCCUGUGGCAGGAAACACUUAAGGGCCAUGCUCAGGUCAGGCCCAACUCUAGGCCAGGGGGCUGCUUGGCCCGGGGCGGCCCCGUGGAGCCCCGGGCUGUGAUCAGGAGUGACAUAACGGUCCUGCACUGUUUACCUCCCAGGAGGCCAUCGUCCUGCUGUCAUCGUUGUGUGCUGGGCCCAGCCUCGGGGCCCAGCGUGUCCCAGGAGCCGCUGUGCUGACGGGAGAGGGGCUGGCAGGAGGGGCUGCUUGUGGGUUCCAUGUCCCAGCGCGACCCCCGCCCAGGCCCCAGGGCCAGGGGAGCCACAGGGGUGCUCGCGUGUGCCCCCAAACCCCAGCCGGGGACACGUGUGCGGUCUAACUUAGUAACACACCUGUUGUGGGAAUGAAAGCGCUUGUGGCCGGGGGUUAUUUUCGGCGUCUCUUUAGCAAGUUGCUGAGACUGCCCAGGAGCCCGCGGGAGGGAACACAGGCGCCGAGGGCAAGCAGGCCACCGGGAGGACCCAGGCGCCGAGGGCAAGCUGUGAUGAACGGUGGUCACUCACCCACGGCCGUCAACGGGGCUCCGUCCACGCCCAGCGGCUUCAGCAAUGGCCCGGCCACCUCGUCCACGGCCUCGCUGUCCACGCAGCACCUGCCCCCGGCCUGCGGGGCGCGGCAGCUCAGCAAGCUGAAGCGUUUCCUCACCACCCUGCAGCAGUUCGGCACCGACAUCUCCCCGGAGAUCGGGGAGCGCGUGCGCACGCUGGUGCUGGGGCUCGUGAACGCCACGCUUACCAUCGAGGAGUUCCAUUCCAAGCUUCAGGAGGCCACCAACUUCCCUCUGCGUCCCUUCGUCAUCCCCUUCCUGAAGGCAAACCUGCCCUUGCUGCAGAGGGAACUCGUGCACUGUGCCCGCCUCGCCAAGCAGACCCCCGCCCAGUACCUCGCCCAGCACGAGCAGCUCCUGCUGGACGCCAACGCCUCCUCCCCCGUCGACUCCUCGGAGCUCCUACUGGACACCAACGAGCAUGGCAAGAGGAGGACCCCUGACAGGACCAAAGACAAUGGGUCAGACCGUGACCCACUGCACCCCGACCACCUCAGCAAACGGCCGUGCACCCUGAGCCCCGCCCAGCGCUACAGCCCCAGCAACGGGCUGCCUCACCCCACGCCUCCCCCGCACUACCGCCUGGAGGACAUGGCCAUGGCCCACCACUUCCGCGACUCCUACCGCCACCCCGACCCCCGGGAGCUGCGGGAGCGCCAUCGGCAGCUCGCGGCGCAGGGGUCCCGGCAGGAGGAGGUGAUCGACCACAGGCUCACGGAGCGGGAGUGGGCAGAGGAGUGGAAGCAUGUUAACAACCUUCUGAACUGCAUCAUGGACAUGGCCGAGAAGACACGGCGCUCGCUGAUGGUGCUGCGCCAGUGCCAAGAAGCAGACCGGGAGGAGCUCAGCCACUGGGUCCGGCGCUGCAGCGACAGUGAAGACGCCAAGAAGCGCCCCGCGCCUGCCCCCGCCCGGGCCCUCAACAGCUCCCCGGGUGCACAGGGGUCUCUGCUAGACGCCCACCGGGAGUUCAUGCCUCGGAGCCUCUCUGGCUACAUGCCUGAGGACAUAUGGAGGAAGGCUGAGGAGGCGGUGAAUGAAGUGAAGCGGCAGGCCAUGUCCGAGCUGCAGAAAGCCGUGUCGGACGCCGAGCGGAAGGCCCACGAGCUCAUCAGCACAGAGCGCGCCAAGAUGGAGCGCGCCUUGGCUGAAGCCCGGCGGCAGGCCUCGGAGGACGCCCUGACCGUCGUCAACCAGCAGGAGGACUCCAGCGAGAGCUGCUGGAACUGCGGACGCAAGGCUAGUGAGACGUGCAGCGGCUGCAACGCGGCGCGCUACUGCGGCGCCUUCUGCCAGCACCGGGACUGGGAGAAGCACCACCACGUGUGCGGCCAGAGCCUGCAGGGUCCCGUGGCCGCCGUGGCCGACCCAGGGCCCACACCGCCCGACGCCACGGCCAACUUGGGCCCCUGCCUGCCCGCGGGCGCCGCCAGCCCCAGCGAGGCCAGCUCUGCGGGGCCCUCUCGCCCCGGCUCGCCUGGCCCGCCGGGGCCCCUGGACGCCGCGCCCCGCUGACCCGUCCCCGCCCCUGCCCACGGCCCCCCAAGCCGGCUACGGCCCAUGGAUGCCGAGCCCUCUGGCCCCGCCCGGCCUCGGGUGCCCCCCGUCCCCCGGCCCUGGGAGCCACUGCUGCUACUGCUUCUCUCCAAAAGAAAACAGAACCAACAAAGACUGCAUCAACGCAACUUCCUCAGCAACCUGGCGGUCUCAGCACGACCGCGUGUCCUCAGAGACCCCCUGCGACAGAGCGGCCCAGCUGCCGCCCACUCGCGCUCCCCGUGUCUCUGUCUCUGUGACCCUUGUACACUUUCUCUUGAAGAUGAAAUCUGUUUGGUGGCUUAUAUUUUCAAUGAAGGAUUUUGGGGGGUUUUGUGGAAUAGACCUACUGAGAGGUAGACUAAGGAAACGGGCUUUUGUCCCCUCCGUGAUUAAAAAGGGAAACAGAACAUGGACAUGUUCCAGCGGGAGGUCGGAGCUGCUGUGGCCAGGAGCUCUUCCAGGGGCGUGGGGCCGACGCGGUGAAGACGGUAAGAAUGAUUCCCAUUUCCAACUCAAGAAACAUUUUUCAGAGUUUUUUUUUCCUUUAACGUUAAACUCUUUGGCUUUAAGUAGAAAUCCAAAAGGUUUUUUUAAAAACAAAAAAAAGGAAAGGAACCAUUCCUGUAAGCUACCUUGCCAGCUAGCUAGCCAAGGACGCCGGACACACCUCUGCUCCAAAGGAAACCCAAAAAGCAAACACAAGAUAUCAAAAUCCAAAAUGGUUUCGUCACUGCCAAAGUAUUUUGUCCACGGUUUUACUCUACUCUCGGACUUGUUCAGGUGUCGCCCUGUUCUCUUGCUUUGCCUCCGUGUCUGGAAUGUGAGGACCGCGGGUCUGGAGGGCUUCGCUCAACGAGAGGUCCCUUGGGUUUCUCUGCCGUGGAGGGCGCCCUGCCCACUGCCCUCCGUGAAUCUUCAUCACGCUGCAUUUUUCCACGUGUGGGAAAGCGCUAACGUGUCCUUCCCAGGAGAGAAUAACUCUGAAACAAAACUGUGACAAUCUUUUGGGUUGAUCCUUGACUGCUUCUGGAAGCUCGAGGAGGCGGCCUCUGGGCCUUGGAAACGCUGCUUCGCCGCCUCUCCUCCUCUCCCUGCCCUCGCGCCCCACGAGGCUGCCCGCCGCCACCCCGGCCCGGGGUCUGCUGCCCCCACUCUGCUCUGCACGCUGUCGCAGAAACGGAAGGAAAGCUGCAAACCAGGAUGCCCUCGCCGGCCUGCUGGAGGCUGGGUUGGCCGCAGGGAGCCCCGCGUUUCUGUGCCGCUGCGGGGCCCCCAGCCCCAUCUCCUCACCCCACUCAGCUGCCCCGACCCUCUCACAGAGGACGUGAGAGAGUAGGGAAGCCCUCGCGGGGACUCCGUGGGAGGACCCGCGGUGGCUCGGCUCGCAGUCUGGCGUUCUCUUGCAUCUCUGGGAGGGGUUCCCAGGACCGCAGUACGGGGAGUGACCAGCUACUGAAACUGGGGCUCUUGGGGGCCCCGCCGAGAGGCAGGAAGUCCUAGUAUAUGCUAAUGUGAAUGUAUAUAGUUUUCGAAGAGGUCCAAAUCAUGAUGUUCAUGGUGGUGAUAACAGAGAAGGGUUGUUUGCCAAAUAAAAACAGAGAAACCGCCGGA